AUGUCCUACGCGCUCCUGGGGACCCUCCUGCUCCUCCUGCCAGGAGGUGCCUCGGCACAGGGGAGCUGGGUCCUGCAGAGCCCGGGGCAGCUCUGGGCGCGCCCGGGAGAGAUGGUGGGGCUGAGCUGUCGCACGACGGACCCCAGCAGCUACGUGAACUGGUACAAGGAGAGGGCGGACGGCAGCUUGUCCUGGAUUUACCGCAGCCGCAGUAACUCCCCUCCACAAGGAAAAUACUCGGGGAGGAGCACAACAGCUCGGGAUUUUGCCCUCACCAUCGGCUCUGUGCAGAGGGAGGACUCCGGGGUUUAUUACUGCAGCUCCUCCGACAUCUACCCCUCAUUUGGGGACGGGACCAGGCUCAUUGUCACCGAUGCCACCCAGCCCCAGCUCUCCAUCCUGGUGCCCACUGACGCAGAGGAGCCCGCGCAGCCCCUGAGCAGCAUCCCCCUGCUCUGCCGCCUCCACGACCCCCCUGCGGGCUGGGACAGCGUGCGCUGGCAGCCCGGCGGGGAGGAGACGCCGCUGACGGGGAUGGCCACGGACGAGCGCGGCGUCCUCAGCGCCUGGAGCAUCACCUGGGUCUCUGCCGAGCUCUGGGACGGGGCUGCGACGUGCACGGCCCUGGAGAGAGGCACGAACAGGACCCUCAGCGUCGCCAUCAGCAAAGCUACCAGGGAGGGAGAAGGAUGCCCCUCCUGGCCGCUGGCGCUGGGGCUGUCCUGCGUCUCCCUCCUGCUCCUGCUCCAGCUGACCCUCCUGCUCUGCAGACGGCGCCUGGCCAGAGGCGACCCCCGCUCCGCGCCCCCCUCGCAGCCGCUUCGCCCCAGCUCUCCCCUCGCCUCCCCCAGCCGCCCCCACGCCCACCCGGCAGACCCAGCCGGGAGGUAA